AUGAAGCAUGAUCUACCAAAGAAGUCUCGAUAUCUAAAAGUUCACAUUAAGGAAAUCCUUUAUGCUACUAACAACUUAGAUCAAUCAAACUACAUUGGUGAAGGAACUGCAGGCAAGGUGUAUAGGGGAGUACUGUCAAAUAAACAACAUGUUGCGAUCAAGCAUAUCAUCGAUGAUGGGUUUGUAGAAACAUUUCUGAGAGAAGUUAGGAAUCUUGCCCUUGUCAGACAUCCGAAUCUUGUGACAUUAUUAGGGUACUGUGACUAUGGAGAUGAAUGUUUCCUCAUUUAUGAACUAUGUACUAACGGGAAUCUCUCUGAAUGGCUUUUUGGAAAGAAUGGUGUGUUAUCAUGGACUCAAAGGCUUGAGAUUGCAGUAGAUUGUGCUCGAGGACUUUGGUUUCUCCACACAUAUUCUGAGGGUUGCAUUGUUCAUCGUGAUAUUAAGCCUACAAACAUACUCUUAGGGCCAAACUAUGAGGCCAAGCUUUCUGAUUUUGGAUUGUCCAAGGUUAUUGACAUUGGUGAAACAUACGCAAGCUCAGAGGUCAGAGGAACAUUUGGUUAUGUUGACCCAGAGUACCAAGGUGACCGUCAAGUCAAUGCAGCAGGCGACGUUUACAGCUUUGGAAUAGUACUUUUACAACUUCUUUCAGGAAGGAGAGUUAUUAAUAUGAAUGCAAGCAAACCUAUGCCACUGGAAAGGAUGGCAAGGUCACUCACCAAAGGCGGAAGCAUAGUAGGAUUUGCUGAUCCAAAGCUUGAAGGUGAAUACUCUGCAGAAGCAUUUAAACUUACAUUUAUGUUGGCUCUUUCGUGCACGGGGCACAAGCAAGAACGGCCAUCCAUGAACCAAGUUGUUGAGAAAUUGGAGGAGGCUCAUAAUAUAUCGGUCAAUGCCAAGGCUUCAUACCUUCAUAAGGCAAAAGACUAG